CAUCGGGCUACUCCUUGAACGACACUUUACUCAUUGGCCCAACGGUACAAGAUGAUCUGCUCACAAUCAUCUUGCGAUUCAGGAAGCAUUCUGUCGCAUUAGUGGCAGACGUGGAGAAGAUGUACAGGCAGAUCCUGCAUUAUGAUAAAGAUCGAAAACUGCUACGCAUUCGAUAUCGGGAACGUUCAACCGAACCAAUAGCAACGUAUGAGCUACAAACGGUGACCUACGGUACCGCAUCAGCUCCGUUCUUGGCCACUCGUACGUUGCAACAAAUCGCGCAUGACAACAAACAGGAGUACCCCAAAGCCGUAGACCCGGUUCUGCAUGAUUUUUAUGUGGAUGACUUGCUGACUGGUGCAGCAAGUGUUUCAGAAGCCAUCGAGACACGUAAACAGAUAUCAUCGAUGUUGGAAUCAGCGGGCUUCUCACUAAAGAAAUGGGCGUCGAACAUACCGGCUGCGCUUGAUGGUGUUCCAAGCGCCGAUUUGGCCAUCAAAUCAGUUCUAGACUGGCAAGAAGACCAAGCAGUCUCAACACUGGGCUUGGUUUGGGAACCAUCCAACGAUAUGUUUCGGUUUCGGGUGGAUUUGCCAACCCCUGCAGAAGAGCUGACACGAUGCCUGGUGUUAUCAUACACGGCCAGAAUCUUCGAUCCUCUUGGUCUGUUGGGACCAACGGUGAUACUCGCCAAGAUGUUCCUGCAACGCCUAUGGGGAUUGAAGCACGAGGGGAAGACGCUGGACUGGAAUCGUCCGCUACCAGCGGAGAUUCAGGAAGAGUGGAGGAGGUUCCACUCAACGCUCUAUGUGUUACGCGAACUGCGAGUACCUCGAUUGGUGGCACAUAGCAAUCCGGAAAGGCUGCAGCUGCAUCUCUUCGCGGAUGCAUCUCAAGGAGCCUAUGGAGCAUGUUGUUACGUACGCUCGGAUUCGACACGGGGCUCUACGGUUAGAUUGCUAGCGGCUAAGUCCAAGGUGGUGUCCCUCUCAAACACACAUUCCAUCGCCAGAUUAGAACUGUGUGCAGCACGGCUAGCAGUACACCUGUUCCAGAAGGUGAUUCGAGCACUCAACGUUUCAUCGACGACGGUUAUCUGUUGGACAGAUUCCAUGACCGUCAUGCAUUGGCUCAAAUCAUCACCUCGUCGAUGGAAGCCGUUCGUCGCCAACAGGGUGGCGCAAAUACAAGAGGAGACCCGAAUUUCAUGCUGGCGUCAUGUUCCUGGUAGCGAUAACCCGGCGGAUGAUAUAUCGCGCGGGUUGAGGCCCGAAGAGUUACUGCAGUGCGAGCGAUGGUGGCAGGGGCCACGUUGGUUGUCCUACGGACAGGAAGAGUGGCCGGUGGAACCAGUACUCGCGAAAGAGAACGAGACGGACAUCGAGGAGCGGUUAGCGGUGUCCAAAAUAGUCAUCACCUCUACGACGUGUGACUUUAGCAACAUACUUUUCGCACGUUAUUCCUCGUACGGCAAGUUGCGAAGGGUUGUUGCUUAUUGCUUGCGAAUCCUCUCCAACCUCAGGGCGAGCAAGUCAACGUCGAUCAACAGCGUCAAGCGGAAUACGGACAUGAAGACGCUAUUGAGUUCCGUUCCACCGCUUACAGCGGCGGAGUUGCAGGAUGCGGAACUGAGGUUGUGUCAACGGGCACAACAUGAUUCGUUUGCGGAGGAGAUGGACGACCUGAAACGAGGAAAGCUGGUGAGCGGAAGGUCGAGACUAAAGUGGUUGUCUCCAUACCUCGACCCAAAGGGUGUGUUACGCGUCGGUGGCCGGCUUGGUAACGCCAACAUACCAGAGUCAACCAAACAUCCGAUUGUCCUCGCUGCAUCACAUCGGCUGUCGACACUACUGGUCGAGAACACUCAUCAUCAAAAGAUGCACGCGGGGCCACAAUUCAUGUUAGCAACAAUCCGGCAGAAGUUUUGGUUGAUUGGGGGCCGAAACUUAGCAAAGAGCGUGUACCAUCGAUGCCACACAUGCUUUCGGAACAAGCCAACGCUGGUGAAACAGGCGGUAGCUGAUUUGCCUAAGUCACGAGUGACACCAACGCGACCGUUUGCCGUCAGCGGCGUCGACUACUGUGGGCCGUUUUUGUUAAAGUCGACCGUCCGCAACCGAAGCCCAACGAAGGCAUACAUCGCGAUAUUCGUAUGUUUCGCGACAAGGGCAGUCCAUAUCGAGCUGGUGAGUGAUCUCACAUCGACUGCUUUCCUAUCAGCACUACGUCGCUUUGUCGCGAGACGUGGUAAAGUAGCCGAAUUGCAUUCGGACAAUGCAACGACGUUCAAGGGCGCGGCACACGAGUUGCAUCGCAUCUAUAGGAUGCUGAAAAUCGAUGAGGGUGAUAGGAGAGCGAUCUUUGAUUGGUGCGCAGAGAACGAACUGGUAUGGAAGUUUAUCCCCCCGCGUGCGCCUCAUUUUGGAGGACUUUGGGAAGCGGCAGUUAAGUCCGCUAAAAGGCAUCUGUUAAAGACGAUAGGAGUUAGAAGUGUGACGCAAGAAAAUAUGCUUACCCUUCUGGCACAAGUUGAGCUUUGUUUAAAUUCGCGUCCAUUGAUACCAAUAUCAGAUGAGCCAACAGAUUUGGAAGCACUAACCCCGGGCCAUUUCUUGAUAGGGAGUAGCAUGCAGGCGGUACCACAAGUAGAUCUUAGCAAGAUUUCUCCGAACCGUUUGAAGGAGUACCAAUUAGUGCAAAGGCAGAUGCAAGAGAUUUGGGCACGGUGGUACCCAGAAUAUCUACAGCAGCUACAGGCCAGGGCAAAGCACGCGAACAAUACACCGGUGAAGCUAGAAGUGAACCAAUUAGUGAUCGUGAAAGAAGACAAUACCCCACCUGCAGUUUGGCCAAAAGGGCGAAUAACAGCUUUGCACCCAGGAAAAGACGGUGUAGUGAGAGUAGUAACUUUACGAGUGGGCACAGGAAAAGAAAUUGUUCGAGCCGUCAGCAGAAUCGCGUUACUACCCAAUCCAAUCGAACAGAGAGGUUAGAGCGGAAGAAGGAUACACGUGCGAAAUAGUAAACAACAGUUGUUGACAUUUGGAGCGUCAAGUCAAGUUAAGUUUACACGUCGAUCACAUAGUUUCAUGCAUUUAAAAGAAUUCUCUUUUGGUGGCCGGAAUGUUGAAUUUGGAUAAUUAGUAUAAUUAAUUAAUUUGCAUGAAAAUAUUUUGAAUUGUUAUUGCAUGAAAAAUAAACAACACUUGACAACACUACG